AUGGGCAAAUCUUAUCUUAUCUCAAGAAAUUCGCCGAUCAGCUUUCGCCGCAAUACUUGGAACCUGCCUGUCACUACGGCCAGUGCAUUCAUCGCGACCACCAUGCUGUCUACCAACUGUCCUGUGGAAGUCUGGCUCGAAAUUCUAACAUAUCUACCCAGAACAUCCCUCCUUGUAACAUGCACUCUGAACAAGCUCUUCUUCGACCUCAGCCUGAAUCAACUCUACGAAGAAAUCAUUCUGGACAGUGGCGACAGUAUGAUUAAGGAAAGGUUCGAAAUCGCCAUGCGAGUAUUGAUUAAUGUCGCCAACCAUGUUCGGAGACUGACCGUCCUCCCGGCGCGCUUGAAUGAUUCGCUGAAACCAACAUCCUCCAAUCGCCAGAUAACAUUUCUCAAUUGCCUGUGCCACCUGGAGGACCUGCGAUGUGAUUUCGCUGGCAGUCCUCGCAAUUCAUUCCGACAGGCCACACGUUUUCUGGAUGUUUCGACUUCAGACUCGCCCAUCUGCCUCAUCAACCUCCAGGAACUCACGGUUACGCUCUCUAGCUGGUUACAAAGUCAAAGCUUUUUCAACUUCUAUAACACUAUGUGGGAGAAGAAGUGCAUUGGUCCCAACGUCCAGAAAAUCUCUAUCGAAGCACCCCCACUCGACCUUCAGUUCCUCAUCACGUCUAUGCUCCGAUACGGGUGUACCGUCCUGAAGAACGUCACCCAUAUCAGCCUGCAUCUUCGACGAUCGCCUUACACUACGACAAGCGACAAAAAUCAAGUAUAUGCAAGUCUGACGAAACUCAUGAACCUCCUUGGGGCUUCCUUGCGUUCCUUGUCCUUGUCAUCUGCAGACCCAAACAUAGACUUCAGCGUUAAUCUCACUUCGCUUCCUCGCCUCCGAGGUCUGCAAAAUUUCGAGUACCGCUGUCCAUUCCAUGCCUCCUCACUGGUCGACAUGACGAAACUUACAGAAUUCAUUGGGAAAUAUUCCACGCAACAAUCUCAAUUGGUAGUAAUACCAUCUAUGAUGCGUGAGUGGGGUGAAGAUGACGGGCAUCCUGCAGGGGAGUCGUACAGCAAAUGGAUAACGAGUACCGAUUCAAGGGAUGUAAAAUUGCCGUUGCAGAUCGGACUUUCGCACCUUGUCUUGCCGGCCUUGCGAUAUUUGGCAACACGUCCUGCAGAUUGA